UGUAAAUGUGUUAUGCAAUGAAGUCUCUUCGGCCUUCACCUUCUUGUGUUGGCGGUGGAUAUCAAGAGUCAUCCUAUCGGAGGCCGUUUUCCCACCUCCGCAAUCAUCGCCGACCGCAGUCGCAAAGCAAUCCCAGCCGGGGUGUGUGCCAACCGAAGCUCUAUUCUUUUCAUUAAAUCAGUCUCCUGGUACUAAUUUACAGCGAGGUUUACUUUUGGAACUUUUUUAUAUCUUGUCUCUUUUUGCCUUCGCCAAACUAAGGAAACAGAAGGAUUGAGAUGUCUUUUAUCAGAGUCGCCAGAUAUUGCGCGCCUGUUUUGGAAUCACCUCUUGAAAUCCUUCUUACUCUUUGAAUGCUAUAACGGCCGACCGCCCCACCCUUACUACCAUCAUGGCCUCCGUUGGCCAGUCAUCCGAGCUUCAAAGCGUGGUUGCUUUGGUGAAAACAAUGACGAACGCGCAGCUCAAGGAGAUACUGAGAAGUGAGGGGCUCGCUGUUUCUGGAGUGAAAGCUUCGCUUCAGCUUCGAAUCAUUGACUUCAUUGAGAGGCUCAAUCAAGGAGGACAAAUUGAGCGAUACGAUAACCUAAAGAGAGCCGUGUACGCCACAGCACAUCGAUCAAUGCCGCAGCCUUCAACGCCACAGUCAUUACCUAGUCACCAAUAUCAGUCUCCUCCAGCUAAUCAAGCCUUGUCUACACAACACCGGCCAUCGCCAUUGAGCACGCCAAUGACGUCGCAUGGGCUCACUUCUGGUAUCCUCCCGAUGCCGAUUUUCAUGUCUUUAAAUUCCGGGGCCAAUUCUCAUUUGCUUCUAGGCCGGCUAAAUUUCAAAGAAAGUCCUUUCUACACUAUUUUCCAACAGCUUACACCUGUUGUGGAAUGCAAAGUACGCGAGCAGACUAGGGACAGUGUAGAACUUAGAGUGGUUCUAAACCAAGAUGUAGCUUCUAGGUUACAGGCCGAUCCGAACCUUAGGGUAAUGGUUUACUGUGCUGCAGAUACUGGGCUUAAUCAGUAUACGAAAUCGGAUAUUGCUUUCCCUCACCAAGUUGAGCUGAAAGCAAAUCUCGACGAGGUGAAGGCUAACUUGCGAGGACUGAAAAAUAAACCAGGUACGACGAGACCAGCUGAUGUGACUGACUAUAUUCGCAAGAAACCUGGAUAUCCGAACCAUAUUGUGAUGACCUAUGCCCUCACUACAAAGAGAUUCUUUGUGCUUGUCAGUCUCGUUCAGCGACAUCCAGUUGAGGAACUUGUAGCUGAGUUGAAGAUGAGGAAGACAAUCUCGAAGGACCAAGUACUACGAGAAAUGAAAAGCAGAGCGGAUGACACGGACAUCGUUGCAACAUCUAGCGUCAUGUCAUUGAAGUGUCCUUUAUCUACUCUUCGAAUCGCGGUCCCCUGCCGUUCAGUUAUAUGCACUCAUAAUCAAUGCUUUGAUGCAUACUCUUUCCUGCAAUUGCAAGAACAGGCCCCAACGUGGUCGUGCCCCGUGUGUUCUAAAGCGACCAGCUUUGAGUCAUUACAAAUCGAUCAGUAUGUUGAUGAUAUACUUCGCUCAACAUCUCCAGAUGUUGAACAGGUUGUUAUGGAGCCAGACGGCAGAUGGUCAAAUCCGAAAGUCGACGACGAUUCAGAAGCUGGUGGAGUUACUCCUGAGUCAGACGAUGACGAUUUAAUAGAGAUAAAGGAACUUGGAAACACGCCCGUUAAACAGGAAUCUCUUCCAGCCGCGAGUUUAUCUCUACAAAGAACCCCAGCUCAAUCACGGGAGCCUUCAUCGACAUCAUCUGUAGCUCGUUUGUCAACAAACAAGCGUCCUGCAGCCCAGGUUAUUGACCUUACGGGGAGCGAUGACGAUAAUGACGAUGGUUCUCCUGUAAGACCGCCCAAACGGCCAGCUUUGAACUUGCUAAAUCGACCUUUACCUCGGCAAGAAUUUCAAAGUUCAUACAACAUUGCUUUAGCAAAUGGCAAGGCUGCUCCUCGUGCUGGUCAGACUAGCUCUGAAUCUCCAACCCAAACAAGUGGCUAUAAUGCAUAAUCUCACUUUAUCAAUUUUAGCAUCUAACGGUGUCGCGGCGCAUUCGGUUUCUGGUGUUUGAUAACAUUGCAUAAGUUCAAUUGGAAAAUGAAUUCAUUCACUUCAUUUUCGAAUAUGGGAUAUAUCGGAACUCUACCUUUUAUCGUUUGUCCUUUCUGGCCUCAAUGUAGCAAGUCCUCGCCUAGCAUAGGGUCUUCUCGGGAAGCAUAAGUUUCGAACCUUAAUUGCAAGAGGG